AUGCAAGCAUUGAACAGUGAACGUAUUCUUUUUACCGGACCAAUGACUAUUGAUCAACAAGCUUUCAUUAAAGUUAAGGCCGAAACUGAAACUAAGGUUGGUCCUUUCGGUCAGGUCUUAUUUGAAAUUAUCGAGAGAGUAGCAAAUGCGCCGCAUCCCAAUGACAGUUUGGAUCGGAUUUAUUCCAAUCUAUUCAUACCCACUAUUUCAAUUCAUACGCCUACUAUUUUCGCUCGUUAUUUAGCAGCACUCAAGAAUGGUGGUCGACUCAUUUUGAAAGAAGCUAUUCUACUAGAAGACUUGAGUAAUACAGUCUCUCCUAUCUCUCGUAAAGCAACUGAUCUGAUAUCACUUUUAAAGCUUGCUGGUUUCGUCGACAUCAUAGUUCAAGAUAUUACACCCAUUUCAAAACAAGAAUUGUACGCUUUUUCUCGUUUAUCUGGCAAAUUCGGUAUGGUUAAAAUCCAUGCAAAAAAACCUGAAUACAAUGUAGGACAGAAAGUGACACUCAACUUCAAUAAGAAAAGGAAUAACACCAGCCAUAAUCGAGUGUCAAAGAGAAAAGUCUGGCUAAUCAAUACCAACGAUGAUGACCAAAUUGAAUUGGAGGAUGAUGAACAGCUUUUAGAUGAGGAAGAUAAAAUAAAGCCCAGCAAGGAAUCUUUAGCACGCCCAAAUGAUUGCGAGUUAACAGGCGGAAAACGCAAGGCUUGUAAAAACUGUACCUGCGGCCGUACAGAAGAUGAUGAUGAAGAGGAAACAGGAAAAGUUGUUAUUCUAGACUUAAUGCAAAUAGAUGAAAAAGAGCCGGAAAUUAUUGAAGUUGACCCAACACCUAAGGAGAAUACAGGCUGUGGUAACUGUUCGCUUGGCGAUGCUUUUAGAUGUUCGACUUGUCCGUACAUAGGUAUGCCGGCCUUUAAUGAGGGCGAAAAAAUUAGAUUAGGCGGUAUGUUUGGUAGCGACGACAUCGAUGCCUUUUAG